AGAAUCAAUCCAUUUCUUGAAUCCAACGGCUGAUAUCCAUUUUCUAAGUUGUUCUUGUUCCUCCACCUCACCUUUAUACCGCUUGCAUCAAACCAUUUUGUUUCUGCAACUUCUGUCCGUUCCAUUUCAACCUCGUCAAAUACUUGUACUUAUCUCAGGCUUCCAGCAUAUAAUUUAUUUGAGAUUUCUAUGGCGGGAAGGUCUGCAGCAAGAUGCAUUUUGAGGAGGUUUUCAAGCGGUGGCAAGGUUCUCAGUGAGGAGGAAAAAGCUGCAGAGAAUGUCUACAUCAAAAAAAUGGAGAAAGAGAAGCUGGAGAAGCUUGCACGUCAGGGUCUUAAACCAGAGACACAGGCAAGUGGCUCAGCCUCAGGGGCUCCAGUAACUGAAGGUGUUAAGCCAAAUGAAGCUCCCAAAGUUUCAGAAGACAAAUACAAGAAUUACGCUAUCGUUGCUGGAACAAUCACUGGUUUAGCUGCUGUAGGGUGGUGGUAUAAAACAAGAUCAAAGAAGACUGAAGAAGUACAUGACUGAGUAGAGAUACCUGAAUGUUUUAGUCCUUAUUGAAGAGGGUGAUGCUUGACUACAAACAUGUUUGAUAAAUCCAUGUGAUUCUGUCAUAAGACAAUGGAGUUUUCUUUGGGCAUUCCCUAAUCAUUUAGUUUGCUUUCGCAUGCCUUUGGGUGGUAAUACCGUCUGUUCAAUGAAAAUAAGUUGAUUCUCAAAAAUCAUCCGUUCUUUUGUUGGCGUUUAGGCACUUUUUAGCCGCCUUGAAUUCCCAUGUUAAUAAAAGUGCAAUUAAUGGUUUUAGUUGCCGUUUAAGGAUA